AUGACGAUCGAGAUCGCUGAUGCUCUUCAGUCCAAUGCCAAUGAGCUAUUCGAAAAGUAUUCUCUACAGGACAUCACAGAGCUUUCGAGCUCGUUGUCUGUGACAGCACAGAAUAAACACACUGAACUGCGUACACUUGUUGCUUCCCAAUACAGGGACCUCUUGAGCACCGCGGAUGAAAUCAUCGAGAUGAACUCGAUGUCAAAGACAUGUGACCAGAGGCUCUAUGACUUGUGCUUCCUGAACACUGCGAGACUAAGCCAUAACAUGAGUAUUGAAUCCAACGUUUCCAGGUUCUACUCCUCUACACCUAUUAAGGCUGACGACAGAUCCGCGAGGGUUGUUAAGAAUGCGGAUUUGUUUCUAGUGAUGAGUGAAUUGUUGAAUCUGAACUCGUUGAAUUCAGCUAGUGAGAUUUGUGAGGUACUGAACAAACUACCAAUUGAGGACAAAUGGUUCCAGGAUCGCGCUGGUUUGGUGGACAACAAACUGGCAGAGUUAGAGAUGUGCUUAGAGGCAAAGAUCAGGACAAUGAAGUUGGAUGAACUCGUCAAGAUUGAUACUUUCGUUGUUACAACGUCAUGGUUCAACAAGGCAAGACUGGAAAAUGCCAUCUAUGAAACUAUUCUGAAGAAAAUCACAUUGGAGAAUUUAACCAGCAUACUAUGUCAAUUUGACAAAUUUAAACCAAGGCUCUUGGAUAAGUUCAGUGGUGAAGCCAAAUCAGAACUCGAUGAAUUUGGAAAGCUAUUGGCCCAAGUGGAUAAGGUCAAUAAUGAGCCAAAAUUGGAGUUGUACAGCUUACACAUUGAAGAUCCUAUGGAGUAUCUGAGUAACAUUCAGUACAUUUCUAAUGGGUUGGUGUACAAGACAUACCAGCAGAUCUCCACCACAAUAGUACAUUGUCUCCGCUCUCUACGGUUUCUCAACUUGAUCGACACAACGCUCAGUGGUGAUUACCUCAAACAGUUGAAGUCCAAAGUUCAACUCUUUACAAAACACGCAGCUGACACGAAUAACGUUGCACUUGUAAAGUACCUCAACGAUCUAGAAACUUCAUUAUAA